ACCAAAACACGUUUUGUUUGUAAAGAUGGAAGGAAGAAAUCCUUCGCCUCCAAGAUUUUCUGCAGAAGAAAAAGAGUUGAUCGAAAGUGAUAAUAUUGGUGGUACUGUCUUCAGCAAGAAAUGGGUCCUUAAAACACUAAUGAAGCUGGUUGAGAAGAUAAACGAUGACAAACCCGAGCAAGAAGGCGAAGAAGCUAAUGGUGGUGAAAGAUCUGCUGAAGUUGACCAAGAAAACACAAAUAUUGAUGAAGAAUUUGACAGCGAAUUGUGCGAGUUAUGGGAUAUGUCUAUGAAUAAGGAUGUGGCUGCAUUCUUGAAAGACGUAGAUGCCAUAGAUGUUUUGCUGAAUGCUAUUUUAAAAUCAAGAAGGAACAGACUAACAGAAAUUUGUAUUGGUAUUCUGGGAAAUAUGGCUUGCAAUGAUGAUGUCUGUAUAGAAAUGAUGAAAAACAAUGACCUAGUUAAUAUGAUUAUAGCAUUCUUGGAUGACCCUGACACUCCAAUACUAGUGGAAACAACAAGGUUAAUGCAUGUSUGUGUAAGCAAUGAUCAAGCAAAACAACAGUGGAUUGAUGCAAUACAGAAAUUAUCMUCUUUCAAGAACUUCAACUUCAUACUAGAGAACUCUCUAAAUGUUGAUUUGUUGACAAACUGUUCUCAUUUGGUGGAUAAAGUCUUGGAUUCUAGUGACGACAUAUUGCAAGUCUGGGCUAAUAUUGAUCUGGUAAAAGCUGUGUGUGAAGCAUUGAAGCAAAUCAAGUUUGUUGAUAUUAAAGUCGUUGAAGCACUGCUUCACAUUCUUCAGCUUGUUUCAACUCUUGAAGACGGAGUGCAAGCUUUAGUAUCGUGUUCUGCUGUCGUACCACUACUCUGUCACUUUAUUGGUGAAUGUGGCCAUGAUGAAGGAGGCAUUAUUGUUGGGAGAGAAAUGUCAUUAAUAGCUUCAUUUUCAGUUCUCAAUGUUAUUUUGCUGGCGGAGCCAUUGAAUGUUCUGACAGCCAUGGAGAAAGAUCCUCACAUCAUGAAGAUUUUAAUGGGUCUUUUGGGCUACUCAUGUAAGAUUCAUCGCAAGAGAUCAAGAGUUUCUUUUUCCRAAGACAAAAAUUCCAGUCACCAUCCCUCUGAAAAUACUWCUUCUAGUGAAGAGAAGAUGUCAAAGCCAAGUGAUGGUGAUAAUGCUGGAGAUCUUGAAUCAAGUUCUUCAUUAGACUCAAACAAUCAUGAACUGCCAAAAGCUGAAAAAAAUCAAAAACAGAAUUAUCAUGGUUCACGACAACAAUCUCAGGAUGAUGAGAGCAAUGUACAACAAAAUGUAGAAACCAACGUACACCAUCAGUAUUUCACUGUAGCAAUAGGAUUCCUCAAAGACAUUAUUUCCCUAGCUUCUGAGGCACCCCAGUGUGUUUCCAGUAUGCUGGCUCCUCAUCAUAAAAUGCUGCAGAAGAUUGUUCAUUACUCUAAGAGAAUCAAUACCUACCAUGAUGCAGUUGUGGAUUUAGUACAAGCCACRCUAAGCACSCAAGAACUAUCAUCCCUUCAUGAAACCCUCACUCAAGUCCCUCAAACACAGAAAUAGGAUUGAGUGAAGAMACACCUCCUCAAUAUUUAGUACCAAAACAAUUUUUUUGAGGGAAAUGAU